GUUCAGUCUGGCUCCAGACAUCACCGCGGAUGGUGGGCCUUUGCACUUCGAUCUCGCCACGGUAGUUCUCGGUUCGCGCGCCCUGUUGGAAAAGAGGUUUUCCUCUCAGAAGCUAGAAAGAUAGACUUUAAGAUUAUGUGUCCUUUCGCCAGGAGAAUGAACAUGUUGUAAACAACGGUCGGACGAAAGCGCGGAAAACCUUUAUCUGAGAGCCUCGUGCUAGGGUUGAAAUAACCGGAACCAGCACUACGUCGAAAGGAUCUAGGACGAAUCGGUGAGGGUGAGGGCAAUUGGGAAAUGAGUCAGAUUUUCCCAUGGAAUGCUGCUUCGGCAGAGCAGAGCAAAUAAUAAUUCACUUUGUAUUGUUAUCGUAUGGAAAAGCUUGUGGAGUGAACGAGUUGCCGUGUCGCGUGGUUGCAUUUGGAACUUACGGACGGAGAUUGGGAUGCAGUGGCGCGAACAGUUGCCCGAGGAAACGGUACGAAAGUUCGCAGUGAAGUGGAUCUCUCAGUGCCGUGUCUGCCCCGUUGUGGCGCGGUUCAAGUGUCACGGUUAUCUGAAUGUGAGUUUAUGUAUGUAAAACUGUCUACAUAUUUAUGCCAUUACUGCCACUGAACGAGAAAUGUGCCAAAACGAAGUGCUCUCGUGUGAAGGGGGUGGCGAAGAUAAUCUCGUCAACAUGCUGUAGUUGGAUGUUGUAUAAUACGAAGUACGAAGGACUCCCUCAGGCGGUGUUGUGCAAAUUCUAUGGAAAGCAAACGCGUGGGGAUUGUAGAAUAAAAUAUGCACACUUGGGCGUCCAAAUUAUAGAGCCGUGAUGCUCUACUCUGUGAACAAUACAAUAUGCUGUUUUAUUGCAUCUGUCUCGGUUGAGAGUGCUGCCAAAUGAUGGUAAUCACAGUGAUGUGCAAUGAUAAUGUUUCACGCAGUUUAGCAUAUUAAAAUUUUCAUGACGCCUCGUAGAUUUCAAAGUAGAACAUCAAUCACUUGCUCAGCAACACCGAGGCGUGGGUCGAAUAGUGCUAAAGUGGAGCCUCGGCAUUUAAUGAAAAUCAUAACUUACUUUCCGCUUCGCUACGUUCUCGGUAUGUAGGGAGCACAGCGUUGAAAAUAAACGCUCUACAAGCAUCUCACUCAGUGUCCUGGACCAACGGAUUACGAAGUGCGGGAUGUCGUUCAGCUGAAGGCAAAAGUCGUGCUGUUCGCGUUUCUAUUCGUGCCGUUUAGAUCUUUAAUUGAAGUGGAAACAGAGAAGGCUGAAAGAAACCCAGUGCGAAAUGUAAUUUAAUCCCCUUCAGUGUCGUCAAUCGUCGUUUUCUUGAACAUAGAAGUGGAAAAUCUUCUCGAAAAGAGGAAGUGUACAGUCAUAAGACUUAGGAGGAAAUAGUCCUACCCACUAUCUGGUCCAUCGUCAUCCAGUAAGGUUCCGAAAGCAGUGGAUGCUCGUUGAAAUUUUAAAAUCUAGAGUGACUUGUCAUUUCUUGUGAAUUUUUCUACUGGAUUAUUAAUGUGCACCCAUAACAUUCAUAACGUUAUCCUUUUUCGCCUCUACCGAAUCACAUUUCCAAUCGGUGAAAUGUGAUAUACUAGCUGAGCAAAUUUUAACGAACACGGUCGGUUGUUUGCCGAUUCCACCGGCAGCUGCUCUACCGGCCAGCCACCCACCGAACCGAACCAGAAAUCAUACCGAAACCGAAACGAAACGUGAAGGAAUCCCGCGUGUUCCGGAUGUUGUGGCAAGUCCAGUGAACCAGAAACCGAAAACAACCUCCCCUGCGGGCGGCCUGUUCGCUUUCUCACAUUCCAAUAGGGAGCAGAGUGGAGCGCAGCAGAGCCGACGAUGGGAAUGGAAGUGCAGUGAAUCGCAGUGGUCGUCGCCCGGAGUGAAAUGAAGAGCACUAAUUUCGAAAAGUGGCAAGCCCUCCCGUCGAGACGCUUGGACCAACAGAAAUCAGCGGAGCAAACCAGCACGACUUUUACCGGUGCAGCUUGCGCCAACUGCAGGAAACGGUCGUCUGCUCCGCUGGAAGUGGGAGGAAAAAUCGACGUCUGACCACACAGCAGCGCUAGAAGUGAAUGGCGACGAAAUGCUAGCAGGAGGAGCGGGGUUUUGUCGGGUUUGUUAGUUUUUUGCCAUUUAGUUGAUUCCCUUCAGGGAGUGAUGCCGUAGUUGUCGUCGUCGUUUGUCGAUGUUUUUGUUGGAUUCACAAGAUUUUUUUGGGAGUCAAGAACCCUGUCAUCAACAGAAAUCAAGAUAAAUGUGCACCCAAUCAGUGAAAUCGGUGAUAGUAGAUAUGAGUGGUGUCGGCAUGGCACGGAAUAGAAAAUUGUGAUCAUAAUCGAGAAACGAGCAGUACUCUUGUGGUGAAUGUUCAUAUGCUCUACAUACGGAAAUAUUAGCAUACACAAAAAAGUGCGCCAAAAUGACCGACAUCAACCGCAAUGGUACAGGUUAUCUGAAGCACAACGGAAAAAUCGAAUCAAGCGUUCCUAGUGCUUCCAGUACGCUCAAGCGUAACAAUAGUUAUCAUCAACGGUUGAAAAAAUCCUACAGCGAAUGUGAGUAUUCGGCCUCCGGACCGACUCACAACAAUGGGCAGCAAUCAACGGUCAGUCGAAAUGGGACCACCGGCGGAUCCGGCAAGUGGCGAUCCCAGCAAACGGCCUCCCCGGCGCAGCAGGUCGCCACCACUGUCAAACCGGAUGCCACUUCCGUCGCUUCCGCCAACACUACGGCUGACGAUUUUAAACGCUUUCACACGCUUCGUAACAGCUACGGAGGGAAAUCCAAUUUAAAUGUAAAUAGCACCAACGAGUCCUCAAUAAAAACGCAGGUUCUGCUCCAUCAGCAGAAACUGAAGGAGUAUAGCAAAUACGCCUCCAUUGCAGCCUCAGUGGCUGCGGAUCUGAACAACGAUAGCUACUCGACCUGUUCCUCGUCACAGUCGGACUAUCAACAUCCGCAGAAUCAUUCGCACAAACAUCAUCAUCGAUAUCACCACCACCACCACCAGCAUCAGCAUCAUCAGCACCCCCCAUCCCAGACAUCGUCAUCCGCUCAGCAGCAGCAGCAAUACCAACAGUAUCCGGUGUCAACGACGGUGGUAGCCAAUGCCACUCUAACCCGACCCGUCUCUGCUGGUCACAACACUAGUUCUUCCAUCUUGAAAAACAACAAGGACUCGUCUAGUGGUGGUAGUGGGACCAAGAACUCGCUCAAGCGUGGUGCCGGCGGAUUAAGCACUUUGUCGCUGUGCAGCUGCGAUGCCGAUACCGAGAUAAUACCGAAUCCAUUAAGGCCACUCUAUCAGUACAGCUUGGAUAGGAAGAAUCCCCGGCAGCACACGUACACGUGCGAACAGAACGCUCAGAUCCUGCUCCGGCUAGAGAAAGACCGGGCGAAGAAGUACGGCUCCUCGGGAAAGCUGAACUUUACCGCCUCCACCAGUGAUCUCACGACACUACCACCGAGCCUCACCGGCACAGAUGAUACUCUGCUAAAAUCGGCCGCCACAACGACCAUUCUACCGAGGAGCUUGACAACAACAACUGCGGCACCAGCAGCGGUCCCAGCACAAACGCCGUCAUUGACAACGAUGCCGGCGACGACGGAAUUCAAAACCGGAAGCUGCAAUAACGAGACGGUUGCCACCGGGACGUUCGAGUACCGUAGCGCCUAUCCGGAAAACAACUACAUAGAGAACGAGCCAUUCGCAGAGGAUAUGAUUCCACCGCCACCACCUCCCUUGAACCGACGACCCUCGUAUGGCUACAGUUGCAUCACCCAACCGCUGGCUAACGAACCAGGCUGCCUCGGUCAACAGCAACCGCCGGCCGGCCUCGCUAACGAUCUGACCUCGACGGUCAACGGCAACAAUGGGGUCAUUAAUAAUUAUCCUUCAAAUCAGCCGGACUUGUUCAAUUUCGCAUCGACGACCGGGCCGCAGCAGCCAAACGGCCCUACAUCGACGCUUAAAUCGACGUUGAAAAAUAAAUCAAGCGCUAGAACUUUGCCAAAUGCUGACACAGCGUCCAUCACCGGCACUGACGUCCACAAAGGGAAGCUAAAGAAGACCGGAUCGAACUUUGACAUGAUGAAUAAUGGCACAUUCAUCGACGCCGGUGGCGGAGAGGACGCAACUAUCCCCGUGAAACAGUUUCCACCAUACUACUUCGACGAUAACUAUCUCAAUCACAGUUUACACCAACAUUUCUACUACCAGAAUCCGGAUGGAAGCUUUCCAGUCACCGGCAUAAAGAAUGACACCGAGGGUCAGCUUUACCUUUACCAUCACGAACCGGCGUCCUACAUGCCCAACUACGACACAGUGAAUAUGCCGCUGAAAUACAACACCAUCGGAUCGGGUGGUAACGUUGUCGGGGGCGCUGGGCCCGGCGGAGGUCACAUGGACUACAUCGGAAACACCAAAUAUCAUCACGCCAGCUCAUGCAACCUUAAUCAGUUUAGUUCGACGGCGAAGAGUAAUCUUAUUAGCAGCCAUCAACACCAUUUUUCCAACUCGAUCAGUAAUUUCAAUUUCAAUCCAUCGCAAUAUUUCGGUACCGGAUUGGAACCACCCGGUGCGACGAUCAUCAGCGGCCCGGGGGGCGUCGGGGUGAUGGGCGGGGACGUUUUUACGUCCAGUAUCAGUCUCAACGGAGGCACGCCGAACAAGCAGCAGCACCCGUGGAAGCACCGGCAGUGCCCGAGUCGGGGCUCCAGCAGCACCGGAUCCGGUUCGUCAACAGAAUGGGACCUUCCCUCGCGGCAGUGGCUAGCGGUGACCUCGAUCCUGCUGAUAGCGGGUGCCGCCGGUGUGGCCGUCCCGUUUGCCUUAAAGGUUACGGCCGGUGCACCGCUCGAUGAACGCAUCCAGGCCGCAACCCAGCUGCUAGACACAGUGCCUUUAAUUGACGGACACAACGAUCUGCCGUGGAACAUUAGGAAGUUUUUACAUAAUCAACUCAAUGAGUUUCGAUUCGAGGAUGAUUUGAAGCUGAUAUCACCAUGGUCGAAAAGUGCAUGGAGUCACACAGAUUUGCAGAGACUGAAAAGAGGACGAAUAUCUGCACAGUUUUGGGCCGCGUACGUGCCCUGUGAGGCUCAGCACAAGGACGCCGUGCAGAUCACGCUGGAGCAAAUUGAUGUAAUUAAAAGACUGACGGAACGCUACUCACCACAUCUAACGGCAUGUGCAUCAGUUUACGAUAUCGUUCAAGCGCACAAAAACCAUCAAAUGUGUUCACUAAUUGGAGUCGAGGGAGGGCACUCGCUCGGCGGAUCGUUGGGUGUGCUGCGGAUUUACUAUGCACUCGGCGUUCGCUACAUGACCCUGACGUCCACCUGUCACACACCGUGGGCGGACUCAAGCAACGCCGAUGCUCCCAAGUACGACGUCAAACACGGUGGCCUCACGGCUUACGGAAAGACCAUCAUCCGGGAGAUGAACCGACUCGGCAUGAUAGUGGACCUUUCGAAAUCGGCCGUUGCAACCAUGAAGGACGUGCUGGCCACCUCGCAAGCACCGGUCAUAUUUUCGCAUUCGUCGGCCUACGCCCUGUGCAACUCGAGCCGAAACGUGCAAGACGAGGUGCUCCAGCUGGUAACGAAGAACCGUGGCCUGGUGAUGGUCAACUUUUACAAUAAAUUUCUCAGUUGCACCGAAAAUGCCACCGUGGAGGACGCCGUUGCACACAUAAAUCAUAUAAAACAGAUUGCAGGAAUCGAUCACGUGGGACUCGGCGCCGGGUACGACGGCAUUAAUUUCACACCUCGUGGUCUCGAGGACGUGGGAAACUACCCGAGACUGUUCGCCGAACUGCUGGGCCAUGGUUGGACGGCAGAAGAGCUGGAGAAACUGGCCGGGCGCAACCUGCUGCGAGUGCUGGAAGAGGUGGAAAAAGUUCGAGAAAAUCAACGGCUUUCCGGUGUGCGCCCGUACGAAGACAUUCCUGUGGCGCUUCGCCCCGACGAGCAGCUCAACUGUACGACCAAUAGUUAAUGAACUGUACAAUUACCGUAAGCUCAUCCUAGUCUAGGUUGGCGAGGACCCGUGCAAAAACCACAACUGCAACACAGCGACUGAUUAAUGAACAAGUAUUUAACCCGUUAUCUGCCACGAGGCGCGUUCUUCCAAGAAAGCACCGCCCGAUGCGGACGGUGUGAGUUGGUUGGUAGUUUAAUUACUCUUCAAAUACCUGCAGAUUAUGACUAGGUACAUUCGAGAUUUUUAGGAAAAGUAUAUAUAUUUUUCGAAGGUAGCAAAUGUCUCUAUGAGAAAUGCCUUUUUAAGAGCAGACACAAACACUCACACAUACACACGCACACACCGACAUACAUAUUUAAGGAAGGUUAGGUAAAACGUUGAGUUUGUAUUUCUACGUUGAAAAAUUAUCCCUCUUUAUAAAAAGAGAGCAAAAAUAAAUAAUCUGUAAUAAUGAGGGAUGAAGUGGGAAAUAAGGUUGAGUAGAAGCAACAAAAAGUCUAGCAUCAAGUAUAAUACAUAAUUUAGGAAAAUGAAAACUGUCGACAAAAAAGGAAAACACGAGCGAAGCAACCAAGCAAUGCGAAGCAUUCGAGUAGACGGACAGUGUUCACUUUUUUUAGGCUGCUGAUUCGCAACUACAAGCAGCACACUGUUCCGGAACACAGCAGUGUGAUCCAAACAGCGGGAGGUCGUGGAUAAAAAGGAAAUGAAGAAGCAGAAAAAAUAAUUAAAAUACCCACUUUAGUGAUUAAUGACGAUACUCGCGUACGACCAGAGCAAACGCGCUUAGGAAUCUCGUUGGCGGUGUCCAACUGCGGUCAGGAUUCAGGAUUUUUACAUGUUUUUAUGUGGCUCUAUUUUAUUAUUUUCUUCUCUCUUCGAGCGAUGAUAAUGAUUCGUCUACUGCUGGUUGCAGAAAGCGUGGAAAGCUUUCAUGCACAGGAUCGGAACCUUAGAUUGUUUUAUACUGGACCUAGAUGUGUUCGAUGACUGUAGUGUAGCUAUAAAGAUCUUUGAGAUUAUGA